CCCCCUGAUCAUGAUGACGUCAGCCGGCUCCCUGUAUUGUUUUGGCUCGGAAUAUUUUUCCUCUCUAAAAUUCCUGGAAAAACGCGCGAAAAGCACAGUAAAGACGCGAUUUUACACCCGAUUACGGCCUCAGAUCAAACUACAGUCAUCUUCUCUUUUUACAUCACUGCUGUAUGUGAAACUGAAGGUCAGAGGUCAUGGAGGAGCAGAGUGGGUCACCGGGGGCCAACACAGACAACAGCAGCCAGCGCAACGGAGAGGAGAAACCUCGCAGGAGCAGCUGGACCAAAGGCAGGAGGAGGAAGAAGCCACUGAAGGACAGUAACGCCCCCAAAGCCCCCUUAACAGGAUACGUACGCUUCAUGAACGAGCGCCGCGAGCAGCUGAGGGCGGAACGACCAGACGUCCCUUUCCCAGAGAUCACCAGGAUGCUCGGGAAUGAGUGGAGCAAACUGCCUCCGGAAGAGAAACAGCGGUAUCUGGAUGAAGCUGACAGAGAUAAGGAGCGCUACAUGAGAGAACUGGAGCAGUAUCAGAAGACUGAAGCCUAUAAACACUUCAGCAGGAAGGUGCAAGAGAAACAAAAAGGAAAGAGGCACAGAGGAGAUGCUGGAAGGCAGGCGCCUGGUGAAUCACUUCAUGAGAAGGAUCUGGAGAUAAAGGAUCGCUCUGUGUUUGAUAUCCCAAUCUUCACUGAAGAGUUUUUGAAUCACAGUAAAGCACGUGAGGCUGAACUGCGGCAGCUGAGAAAGACGAAUAUGGAGUAUGAAGAGCGUAACGCAGCGCUGCAGAAGCAUGUGGAGAGCAUGCAUUCUGCUGUGGAGCGCCUGGAAGGAGACGUGCAGCAGGAACGCACGCGAAACGGCCUCCUGCAGCAGCAUCUGGACACCCUGCGCUCGGCCCUCACACACAGCUUCUCUGCCGUCCCCCUGCCCGGCAGCGGCGAGACGCCCACUCUCGAUUCCAUCGGCUCCUACAUGAAGAAGCUUCAUGGUAUCAUUCUGUCCAACCCACAGGAGCACCAGCACCUGAUCAGCACUGUCAGGGAUGUGGUCACCCGCCUCGACAGGUAGCUGCACACCACACUAUUCCUGCUUUCUAUCUGAAUAUGUAACCAGAGUGUGAUAAUGCACUGCUCUGAUUCACCCACAGGUAAUUAAGAGGCCCCGCCCCUUAUGCAGUAGCUCCUCCUAUCCUGCUAUGACCACAUUUUGUGUCAAGCAAUUAUUCAGUUGUUUCCUAUUAUUUAUUUUUUUACAAUGCUGUUUUUAUCUGCUUAUUUUAAUAUUUUUUUUUAGCAGUUCACGUUUGCAAUGCAUUAAAAAAAAAAAAAGUAACAACAUUAUUUUAGCAAUGGUGUGGUUCCAUCUGCAUGGGAUGGGUACAUUUUAUUUUGAUUUUAAGCUCAAUUUUAUACUUGUCAUUUCUUUCAUGUUACGUAAGAAAAUGAAAUGUUGUAUUUGUGUGAUGAGAGGCAGGUUCAACUGUAGCUUGUGUCUUUGUGCCGAAGUUCUGAAUUACCUGUAUGUUCUUUACAUUUGAAGAAUUCAAUAAAGCAGAAU